AUGCCAUUGACCCAACUAGACCUAACGGAUAUUUCGAAUUGUUUUCAUGAUUGUGACCAAAAGUGUAACGAGGAAUAUGCUCCAAUUUGUGCUACAAAUGAUGAAGAUGAGCAGGAAACAUUCGACAAUAGAUGUCAAUUUGAUUUAGAGAACUGUAGAUACGGCAACAUUUGGAAGGUUCUGCACGAUGGAAAAUGUCCAACAGAACGUCAACUUAAUCCUAAAGCUAAUGUAUACUCGGUUUCAAACCAAUAUAAUUCUGACGAAUUUAAACAAUCCCAACCUCCUACCAAUUCCAUUUUUGAAAACAUUCCACAAACUCAUAUCAGAAAACCUCGGCAUCUUCUUGGCAAGCUUCAUGAUCAUAUGAAAAAAGACGAACAUGAUCACCAUACUCAUAAACACGAUCAUCCAAAUUCACAAGAACACCAAACGUCAAAUUCACAAGCAAAUGUUUAUAUACACCUAGAUCAACACAUUGAUUCAAAACCUAACUCUCAUGAACAAUCUGGUCAAAAACCACAACCUACUCCGAAGCCUAAUGAGUAUCCACCCUCACACCCUAAGCCCAAUGUUGAACAAAAUAAUGACCCACAUCCAAAUUCUGAUGAACACCCUGAUCCAAAGCCACAUGCUCAUCCCCAUCCGCAACCCCACUUACAGCCACCAGUACAGCCACCUCAUCAACAACCUCAGCCAAUGCCCCAUCCACAUCCAAAUCCACAGCCAACUCCACAACCUCAACCCCAACCUCAUCCUCAAACUCAUCCAAAACCCCAACCUCUUCCACAACCUUAUCCUCAUCCAGAGCCGAAUCCACCAUAUCCUCAACCUCAACCAAAGCCCCAUCCACACCCAAAUCCACAGCCAAUCCCUAAUCCAAUUCCAGGCGUUGAGCCUUUUCCUAUCCCUAACCCAAUAGAUUAUCCAGUUCCACAACCACCAAGUCAGCCACUUCCACAUCCUAAUCCACAUCCACAACCUCAUCCACAACCUCAACCACAACCUCUUCCACAACCUCAUCCAAAUCCACAACCUCAUCCACAACUUCAACCACAGCCUAAUCCACAACCUCAUCCAAAUCCAAAACUUCAUCCACAACCUCAUUCACAACCUCAUCCACAACCUCAUCCACAACCUCAUCCACAACCUCAUCCUAAGCCACAUUCACAACCUCAUCCACAACAGUCUAAUCCACAACCUCAUCCACAACCUCAACUACAGCCUCAUCCUAAACCUCAACCACAGCCUCACCCACAUCCACAACCUCAUCCACAACAACCUCUUCCACAACAACCUAAUCCACAACCUAAUCCACAACCUCAUCCACAACCUUAUCCACAGCCUCAUCCACAUCCAGAGCCGAAUCCACACUAUCAUCAACCUCAACCAAAGCCCCAUCCACAACCAAAUCCACAACCAAUCCCUAAUCUAAAUCCAGGCGUUGAGCCUUUGCCUAUCCCUAACCCAAUAGAUUAUCCGGUUCCACAACCACCAGUUCAGCCACUUCCACAUCCACAAACUCAUCCACAACAACCUCAUCCACAACCUCAUCCACAACAAUCUCAUCCACAACCUCAACCACAACCUCUUCCACAUCCUCAUCCACAACCUCAUCCACAACCUAAUCCACAACCUAAUCCACAACCUCAUCCACAUCCUUAUCCACAAACUCAUCCACAUCCAGAGCCGAAUCCAUACUAUCAUCAACCUCAACCAAAGCCCCAUCCACAACCAAAUCCACAACCAAUCCCUAAUCUAAAUCCAGGCGUUGAGCCUUUGCCUAUCCCUAACCCAAUAGAAUAUCCGGUUCCACAACCACCAACUCAGCCACUUCCACAUCCUAAGCCACAUCCACAACCUCAUCCACAACAGCCUAAUCCACAACCUCAUCCACAACCUCAACUACAGCCUCAUCCUAAACCUCAACCACAGCCUCACCCACAUCCACAACCUCAUCCACAACAACCUCUUCCACAACAACCUAAUCCACAACCUAAUCCACAACCUCAUCCACAACCUUAUCCACAGCCUGAUCCACAUCCUCAACCACAGCCUCAUCCACAAUCUCAUCCAAAUCCUCAACCUCAUCCACAACCUCAUCCACAACAACCUCAUCCAAAACCUCUUCCACAACCUAAUCCACUGCCUCUUCCACAACCUCAUCCACAACAGCCUAAUCCACAACCUCAUCCACAACCUCAACUACAGCCUCAUCCUAAACCUCAACCACAGCCUCACCCACAUCCACAACAAACUCUUCCACAACAACCUAAUCCGCAGCCUAAUCCACAACCUCAUCCACAACCUUAUCCACAGCCUCAUCCACAUCCAGAGCGAAAUCCACACUAUCAUCAAACUCAACCAAAGUCCCAUCCACAACCAAAUCCACAACCAAUCCCUAAUCUAAAUCCAGGCGUUGAGCCUUUGCCUAUCCCUAACCCAAUAGAUUAUCCGGUUCCACAACCACCAGUUCAGCCACUUCCACAUCCACAACCUCAUCCACAACCUCAUCCACAACAACCUCAUCCACAACAAUCUCAUAAACAACCUCAACCACAACCUCUUCCACAUCCUCAUCCUCAUCCACAACCUCAUCCACAACCUCAUCCACAUCCUCAUCCACAACAACCUCAUCCACAAGCUCAUCCACACCCUCAUCCACAACCUCAUCCACAACAACCUCAUCCACAACAACCUCAUCCACAAGCUCAUCCACAACAACCUCAUCCACAACCUCAUCCUCAACAACCUCAUCCACAACAACCUCAUCCAAAACCUCUUCCACAACCUAAUCCACUGCCUCUUCCACAACCUCAUCCACAACAGACUCAUCCACAACCUCAUCCACAACCUCAACCACAGCCUCAUCCUAAACCUCAACCACAGCCUCACCCACAUCCACAACCUAAUCCAAAACAGCCUCUUCCACAACAACCUAAUCCACAACCUAAUCCACAACCUCAUCCACAACCUUAUCCACAGCCUUAUCCACAUCCAGAGCCGAAUCCACACUAUCAUCAACCUCAACCAAAGCCCCAUCCACAACCAAAUCCACAACCAAAUCCACAACCAAUCCCUAAUCUAAAUCCAGGCGUUGAGCCUUUGCCUAUCCCUAACCCAAUAAAUUCUCCAGUUCCACAAUCACCAGUUCAGCCACUUCCACAUCCACAACCUCAUCCACAACAACCUCAUCCACAACCUCAUCCACAACCUCAUCCACAACCUCAUCCACAACAAUCUUAUCCACAACCUCAUCCACAUCCAGAGCCGAGUUCACCAUACUAUCAACCGCACCCAAAGCCCCAGCUAUAUCCAAAUUCAAAGCCAAUUCCAUCACUUUCAAAACCUCACCAAAAACCUCAGCCUUACCAACAAUCAUAUCCUCAUAGCAAGCCUCAUCCAAAAGCCAAUCCAAUACCACAAAUACAAUCUCUAGCAGUUCCACAGCCAAAUGAAUACCCAGUUUCAUAUCCACAAAUGAACCCUCUACCACUUCCUCAGCCUAAUGAGUACCCUGUUUCAUACCCACAAGCCCGACCAAGUCCACUUCCACGUCCUCACCAGCAUCCUUACUCUCAUGUUCAGCCACAUCUACAUCCUCAACAACAGCCCAAUGCAAACCCACAAGUAAAGCCAUUGCCAGUUACUCAGCCGAUUGAAUACCCAGUUUCAUAUCCACAUAUUCAACCUAUUCCACAUCCUCAACAAAGACCACAGUCAUAUCCACACUCAUCAUAUCCUCAUGGCAAGCCUCAUUCACAUCCUCAUCAACAGUUCAAUCUAAGACCACAAGUAAAACCACUGCCAAUUCCUCAGCCAAUUGGGUACCCGGUUUCUUAUCCACCAAUUCAACAUCAUUCACAUACUCACCAAAAGCCACAGCCACAUCCACACGCGUAUCCUCAAAGCAAGCCCCAACCACAAGAGAAUCCAAGACCACAAUUACAACCUCUGCCAGUUCAGCAGCCAAAUCAAUACCCAGUUUCAUAUCCACAAGUUAAUCCUUUGCUAAGUCCUCAUUCAAAUGGAUACCCUGUUUCAUAUCCACAAAGUCAGCCUCGUCCAUUUCCACAUCCUCAGCCGCAUCCACACUCUCAUGUUCAGCCACAUCUAAAUUCUCAACUACAACCCAACGCAAAACCACAAGUGAAACCAGUGCCACUUCCUCAGCCGAUUGGGUACACGGUUUCUUAUCCAGCAAUUCCACAUCAUCCACAUUCUCACCAAAGGCCACACACGCAUCCACAAAGCAAACCUCGUCCACAGGUUAAUCCAAGGCCACAAUUACAACCUCUUCCAGUUUCGCAGCCAAAUCAAUACCCGGUGUCAUAUCCACAAGUCAAUCCGUUGCUAAUUCCUCACUCAAAUGGAUACCCAAUUUCAUUUCCACAAAAUCAGCCUCGCCCACGUCCUCAACCUCAUCCAUACUCCCAUGUUCAGCCACAUCUUCAUCCUCAACAACAGUCCAAAGGAAACCAAGGAGUAAAACCAGUGCCUAUUUCUCAGCCUAUUGGGUACCCACUUUCAUAUCCACAAGUUCAACAUAAUCCACAUGCUCACCAAAAACCACAGUCACGUCCACAAUCAAAUCCUCAAAGCAUACCUCGUGCACAGAGUAAUUCAAGACCACAAUUGCAACCUCGGCCAGCUCCGCAGCCAAAUCAAUACCCGGUUUCAUAUCCACAAGUCAACCCGUUGCUAAUCCCUCGUCCAAAUGGAUACCCAAUUUCAUUUCCACAAAAUCAGCCUCGCUCACUUCCUCAACAACCCAAUGUAAACCCACAAGUAAAGCCAUUGCAAAUUCCACAGCCGAUUGAAUACCCGGUUUCUCACCAAAAACCACAGCCACAUCCACACACGUAUCCACAAAGCAAGCCUAAACCACAAGUGAAUCCAAGACCACAAUUACAACCACUGCCAGUUCCACAGCCAAAUGAAAACCCAGUUUCAUUUCCACAAGUUAAGCCUCUGCCAAUUCCUCAGCCGAUUGGAUACCCGCUUUCUUAUCCACAAAAUCCACCUCGCCAAAAUUCUCAACAAAUACCAAAUCCACACACGUUUCCUCAAAGCCAACCUCAUUCACAAAUGAAUCCAAGGCCACAAUUACAACCUCUUCCAGCCCCGCAGCCAAAUCAAUACCCAGUUUCAUACCCACAAGUAAAACCAGUACCAAUUCCUCAGCCGAUUGGGUACCCGGUUUCUUAUCCACAAAUUCAACGUCAUCCACAUCCUCACCAAAAACCCCAGCCACAUCCACACUCAUACCCUCAAAGCAAACCUCAUCCACAGUUCAAUCCAAGACCACAAGCACAACCAAACGAAUACCUAGUUUCUUAUCCACAAAUUCAACCUCGUCCACAUUCUCACCAAAGACCACAUCCACUCACGUAUCCACAUAACAAGCCCCAACCACAAGUGAAUACAAGACCACAACUACAACCUCUGCCAGUUUCGCAGUCAAAUGGAUACCCUGUUUCAUAUCCAGGAAAUCAGGAUCAUCCAAUUCCACGUCCUCAGCAAUAUCCACAUUCUCAGCAACAUCUGAUUAAUCGACAACAGCCCAACCCACAAGUUAAGCCUGUGCCAAUUCCUCAGCCAAAUGAAUACCCGGUUUUAUAUCCACGUGUUCAACCGGUUUCGUAUCCACCCAAGAACCCAUUUGUAGACUAUGUUCCACAAAUAAAGACUCGACCAGGAGCACUGCCGCCUUCUCACCGUAAUCCAGCCAAAUUCCCUCAACCCAGUGAAUAUUCAAUCCCAGAUCUUUCAUAUCCUCAUGUCAUAUAUCAUCCACAUCAUCAUCCACUUCAAGAUCGACCUUCUCUUCCUCACAAUGUUCAUUCAAUUCCAAAAUCACAUAGUCACCCAGUUUCGUACCCAAACUCUCACGAACAUCCCAUGCCGAUUCCAAAUCCCAUUGCACAAUUUUAUCCACAACCAAGGUUACCAAUUUAUCAGCCAAACAUACAUUUGAUUCCACAGCAUGAUCAACCACCACAACAGUUGCCUGGUCAACCAAUAUCAUUAAUUCCACAUCCAAUUAAUCGUAGAUGUCCCACACAUUGUACAUUGGAAUAUGAUCCAGUUUGUGCCACUUUCGAAGGUCUUGAGCAAACAUUUGAUAAUCAAUGCUACAUGAGGGCUGAUAUUUGCGGAUCAAAACGAGGUAAGUCAAAUUUAUUCAAAAGUUCGAAGUUUUUUUCGAACUCGUAAAGUUAUUACACUUUU